AUGCUAUUAAUCAAUAAUUUUCGAAACAAGAAAGCAACGAAUGGGCCAAGUUGUGAUGCGGGCUUGCAUCUCGGUCCAGCCCAUCUGCCCACGAGAAGUUUCAUUUUUUGUAUUUUGAUCGGCCGAUCUCGUCCAGAUAAAGUCAAUUUUUUUUUAUAUUUUUGUGAGUUGAUAGCCGGAUUUGUAAAUUGUAAGCUAACCUUAUUUAACGAGCCACCUGUGAUCUCCCCAUCGUCGCCACCAAAGCUUCAUCCCCCUGCUGCACCAUUUCCCCUGCUUCCGACACCUGGUUCUCUCCCCGAAUUUCGCUCUCUGCUCUCUCCCCACGAAAAAAUUAAGCGGUUCCUGUAUAUAUUCAGACAGCGGGAAUUCGUAAGCGGCGAGAUGGGAUCGAUGUUGAGCUCAAGCAAGAAGACUGACCAAGAAAUGGAAGCCGCCCUUACCAAAGCCAAGGAGAUCGCUACCUCUGCCCCUGUCGUUGUAUUCAGCAAAACUUACUGCGGAUACUGCACGAGGGUGAAGAAGCUGCUGACCCAGCUCGGAGCUGCUUUCAAAGUCAUCGAAUUGGACAAAGAAAGCGAUGGAGAUGAGAUUCAGGGAGCCUUAUUGAAAUGGACUGGACAGAGGACUGUGCCUAAUGUGUUCAUCGGAGGAAAGCAUAUUGGUGGCUGCGACGCUACCUUGGCAAAGCACGAAAAUGGGGAGCUGCUGCCUCUUCUCAACGAAGUCGGCGCCAUAAGCAACAACUCUACUCAACUUUGAUUGCGACAAUGGAUCGAAACUGCAGCAGGAGAAACUCUGUUUGUUCCGUGCUUGCCAAGUGGCACCCGUAUGUUAAGCGUUGUAGUUUUUCUGUAUCGGACCUAAAAGCUGUACUGUAUUUUGGGUUUUUGUUUUAAGCUGGUGGUGUUGCAUUAUGCGUGUAUGGCAAUUGAUUUCGAUGUGCUUGUUUGCUUGUAGUAACUUUUAUGGCUUCUGCUGACAAA